AUGGACCCCACCCCGGAUAUAUUUGAAGAACUAGACACGGCAUUGAUGGAGAUCUUUCACCGCAACCACCAUCGUGACCUCAACAACCUAUCUGAACAAGAACGACAACGAGCCUUUGAUGAAAUGGCCGAUUUGAUUAGACAAAAUUCACUAAAUUCAGCCUCAAAUCGUCGACGUACCGUAAGAAGAUUCUACGAGAUUACAUGGUACUGGAAUUACAUACCUUACAUUGUGCUACGAUUUGAUCGCAUUGGACAACAAAUUACCCUUGCUAAUUUCAAAUGGGCUGUUACUCACGCCAUAUUCUACUUCGUUAAAACAAUUCAAGCAGGAUUCAGAAUCACUCACAAAUGGGACAUUUUCUAUUACUUGAAUUUAGAGGAAUUUCAAAAUGCCCUGAUUUUGCAACACACAUGGCUCAUUUUCAAAAACUAUCGUGCUUCGUUAUUGAAUACAAUAUGCAUCGUGGCAAGAGAGGGACCAUCUGAUUGUGACUUGAUUACAAACUCAUUGGUGUUUAGGAUGCUGGAUGCUAUUAGUGAAACAUGUCCUCAAUUGUCAACAAACAUGGUACGAUUCAUUACAGUAACAACAUAUUUGCUCUAUGCGACAUUGGGUAAUUUCAUCUGCCUCAAUGUAUUGUUUUUCCUCCUGUAUAAUAUUAUGAGACGGAUUGCUGGGUAUUCCAAGAUCGUCAAGAAUUUGGGUCUGGUUGUUGGAUCUACAUUUGUGAAGUAUAUAGCGUAG